AUGGCUUUCACAGCUGCUCCUCCUCAGGCUUCACACACUAUGUUCCUCAGAAGCCCACCAGCAACAACAACUACAAGAGCAAGAACAUCAACCACAACAAGAAGAACAAGAAGCCAUGUGAGUGUACACGUGCACGCAUCUCAGGGGCCGAGCAACCGCGAGAGGGCCCCGCCAGGAGUUGAUACAAGAAUCCAUUGGGAAAAUGACGAUGAAGGUUGGAUUGGAGGAAGCAGCAGCAGGAAAGAGCAGGCGGAGCAAGAGCCGGAGUCGGAGCAGCAGAAGAGUCAGAGGCAGAGCAAUCUCUUGGGAGACAAGUUUGCUGACUUGCUCAAUGACUCCAUUUCUGAUUCCCAUUACCAGUUCUUAGGGGUAUCUGCAGAAGCUGAUUUAGAAGAAAUCAAAGCCGCAUAUCGAAGACUAUCCAAAGAGUACCAUCCGGACACCACUUCUCUUCCCCUCAAGACUGCGUCCGACAAGUUUGUGAGGCUACGAGAAAUUUAUGAUGUGUUGAGCAACGAAGAGAGCCGUAAGUUUUACAACUGGACCCUCGCUCAAGAGGCUGCAAGCCGCCAAGCGGAAAUAAUGCGAAUGAAGUUGGAGGAUCCUUACGUGAAAGCAGUAGAGACGUAUAAACCUGUCCCGGACAUGGUUGAUCGUCUUGGUGGAAAGAACAUGGCGCUGGGCGAUCAAGCGAUGACGGCCCUCACCAUCGAUGUUUUGAUCAUCGUUUUUGCUAUUUGUUGUAUCACAUAUGUCAUCUUCUUCAAAGAGCCAUACUACUAG